GGUAUCCCUGGUAUCCCGCUCGAGCAGACGGCACAACAGUACGCGUCAAAAAAUGUCGGAGUCGCAGCCCACUUCGAAGCCCGGUCCUUCUUUUAGCUUGGAGCUUUUGCUCGACGUGGUGGAUGGAAAGCCGUCGUGUGCUUGAUGAUAAAGGCACGAAGACCUCAUCGUGCGCGCGUAAAAUUCGCCAAACGACAAGCCUGGACGUGCGUCGCACGGUCGCCGAGGGAUGGCCUGACCCACCAGCGUCUUCUCCGCUGUUGUCUCUGUUUUUGUUGCACUGUGCAGAUCAUCAGCGAUGUGGAGCGGCCGGUGUGCGGAUGAAGGCUCGUACAGCGUCUCGAGCGACUCCUUCCGGCGAGGAGUUGGCGACUCUUCGCCUCGGAAGCCCGUCCUGAUGUCUUCGUGCUGCUUCUGCUGCAACACCCGUAACGGUUCCCUCGCUACUGGCAUCAGUUCGAUCGUGAUACGGGGCUUUACGAUACUGGGAUACGUGCUGAUGCUCACCGCUCCGCGGUACGAGGUCACAAAACUUCACAGGCAAGACGAGAAGCCACUCAUCAAUCCUCAUUACGUGGCGGUUGCAAUAAUCGUCGAGAGUUGCAUCGAGAUUUUAUUUUCGGUCGUUCUAAUCGUGGGAGUGAUAAAGGCCGAGCACCGGCUGCUUCUACCGUGGAUGAUUUGGUGCCUCUUCAACAUCCUGUAUCUCUUUGUCAUCGCCGUGAUGCAGGUCCUGGCUGCAGUGUUUGCGUCGUCCACUCAUGCACUGGGAAGCGCGAUGGGAUCCUGGAUUGGAUUCUUUGUCUCGGUGUAUUUUCUGAAAUGCGUGCUUUCCUACUACCAGCUGUUACGCAUCAGCAGCGACGCCAAACUGAAGCACGAAGACGAGUCGAUGGAAAUUCCCCUUUCUGCGGAUGCGACUGCCAGAGAAGGCCCUGGGAGGUCCAACUCAGCGUGAACGGACAAUCGCUUAAUUACACACGCAAGAAAAUGUCAUUGGGGCUGCUACGCUGCCCGGAACGUAGGUCCAACUGACGCCUUCUGCGCCUUGUCAUGCCCAUGCAUCGAAGUGUCUUCGAAACGGCAACAAAAUACGUCGCAGCAGCGGCCUGUCAACGAUGCCUCUUUUCGCUAUCCAGGUGGUUGUUUGUUGGAGUAUACCGCCGAAGAAGAUGCGCGAAGGCAGGCUUCGCUGACGUUGGCGUGCCCAACGCGUAGAUGCGAAAGUUUUCGCCGAUUGGCCUCUUGCAAUGGGUGGCUUAUAAGAUCAGACAUCUGUCGUA